UUACGACCGCCCGCGUACACCGCUCGUGUCCGUGUCCGUGCCCGUGUCCGAGCGCCCCGAGCGCCCCAAACAGCGUCAGCAGCACCGUGUUUGCCGGGGUCCGAGCCGCAGCCCGCCUUUUGUCCGGCCCAAAAGGGCCACACGAGCCGCGCCAUGGCCCGGCCGCCGCAGGUGCUGCCGCUGCUGCUGCCACUUCUGCUGCUGCUGCUGCUCCUGGACUGCACGCGCUGCCGCAUGAUCGACGUGAAUUCCUCCACCUCGGAAUCCAGGUCGGCCGCCUCGUCCUCCCCCUCCGGCGCCACGGCGACCACCACGGAGAGGGUCAUGGUGGUCACGGCGCGCUCUGUGGAUCUGCGGAAGUCGCGGACCCACUGGCCGCACGCGUCACCCGUCACGGCGCUGCACGCUUUCUCUUCGUCGGCGGCCGACGGCGACGACUGGACGGCGGGCGUCGCCAAGCGGGACGUGAAGCAGGACGCGCCCUGGCAGCAGCGCCUGCUCGCCGAGGACGCCGCCGUGCUGCAGUGGAAGCGCGCCGAGGACGAGAAGAGCCUCCAGCAGCAGGAGAAGCGGGUGAACAAGGAGAGGUUCGUCGUGGGCGGAGCGCCGUCGCCGUCACCGUCGCCGAGCGCGGCGGACGACGUCGAGAGCAACACCGUCGACGAUGGCCCGGCGCUGCACGAAAAGGGCGAGGGUGGCGUCCGGGAGAACCAGGGGGCGGUAAAGCAUGUCGAUCACGACGAGGCCGUGCACGGUGAGGACGCCGAGCCGGCUCCCGCCCCGACCAGGAAGGUCGUGGACUCCAACGCGAGGGUGCGCACCCUGCUCGCCGAGCUCCAGGAGGUGAUGCAGAAGUACCUUCGACGCUCCCACCGAAAGGACCGUCGCUACGAGGACGCCGACGACAACAGUUUGCGCCCGGGACCGUACCACGGCUCGACCUGGUGGCCCCGCUCCGAGGACCUGAUGCGCGCGUCGCUGCGCGUGCUCGUCGCCUGCCGGCAGGGCCUGGACCGGCAGCACCAGGAGCACGGCGACGACGUCGACGACGACGACGACCUCCAGGGGUCGCAGGACCCGCGCAACCUCCUCGCCCGCCUGAGAGAGUGCCUCCGUGGACGGCUGCUGGCCGCCGUCGACAACCUGGUGGCUGCGGACACGGUCCCUAUCGCCUUCGGGGUCAGUCUGGUGCGGCGGCACGAGCUCAGGCCGGGCCUCAUCAGGCCGGGCCGCGUCGGCCGUGACUCGCAGCAGGACGCCCAGGAGGUGGCGGAGGCCGGGCCGCAGUCCCAGGCACUCGCCCCGAGGCUGCUGUCCAGGCUGGGCGAUCUGUUCGCCACGCACGACCUCAGGAUCGGCUACGGGGCGGCCGUCGAAGAGGGCCGGCGCCGCCACCAGUACCGCAAGGUGUUCCCCGUGCUCGUGACGGGCUUCAUGAUCCUCAUGUCGCUGAUGGUGCCGCUGGGCUUCCAGUUCAUGGCCAUGAUCGGCGGCAAGGCGCUGCUCAUGAGCAAGAUGGCCCUCAUCAUGGCGUCCAUGUACAACUUCAGGAGUCAAGUAUCACAAUCCUUAUUCAUCACAACUAAUUGUAUUAAUGCCCCGUAG